GUGGUGUCAGCCGGAAGUGACGAGUGAGGCCCGGGAGCUGCGGACGCGAAGGCGGACGGAGCCGGAGUCGCAGACACCGCGGGGUCUCCGGGACAGGGGCUUCCAGUGCUACAUGUUGUUUCUGUGAGGGAGAUCACAGCCAAUGAUGGCUACCACACUAGAUUUGAAGUCAAAGGAGGAGAAGGAUGCAGAGUUGGACAAGAGGAUCGAGGCUCUUCGUCGGAAGAAUGAGGCCCUCAUCCGGCGCUACCAGGAGAUUGAGGAGGAUCGGAAAAAAGCUGAACUGGAGGGUGUGGCAGUGACAGCCCCCCGGAAGAGCCGUUCCAUGGAGAAGGAGAAUAUGGCAGUGGAGGAGAAGAGCCUGGGUCCCUCUCGGAGGACUCCUGGGACUCCUCGGCCCACAGGGGCCAGCAGAGGGGGCAGGACCCAUCCCCAGCAGGGAGGCCGGGCAGGCGUAGGCCGGGCAUCCCGAGGCUGGGAGGAUGGUGCCGGGGAGCAGCUUCGAGGGGGUCCUGGGGGCCGGGGCCGGAGGGGCCGGGGGCGGGGACCCCCUCAUCUCUUAGGGGCAGUAGACAACUCAACCUCUGAUCGAAAGUCCAAGGAGUGGGAGGAGCGGCGCAGGCAGAACAUUGAGAAGAUGAAUGAGGAGAUGGAGAAGAUUGCUGAAUACGAGCGCAACCAGCGGGAAGGGGUGCUGGAGCCCAACCCAGUACGCAACUUCCUGGAUGAUCCCCGACGUCGGGGCGGGCCCCUCGAGGAGUCUGAGAGGGACCGCCGGGAAGGCAGCCGCCGGCAUGGACGUAACUGGGGAGGCUCAGAUUUUGAGCGGGUGCGCUCCGGCUUGGAACAGGAGCGACAGGGCCGCAGGGCCGGCCUGGGCAGUGGGGGCGACAUGACGAUGUCCAUGACGGGCCGGGAGAGGUCAGAGUACCUGCGCUGGAGGCAGGAGAGGGAGAAGAUCGACCAGGAGCGUCUGCAGCGACACCGCAAGCCCACCGGGCAGUGGCGGCGGGAGUGGGAUGCCGAGAAGACCGAUGGCAUGUUCAAGGAUGGCCCAGCCCCUACCCAUGAACUGUCCCACCGCUAUGAUGACCAAGCUUGGGCAAGACCUCCUAAGCCCCCCACUUUUGGAGAAUUCCUUUCUCAGCACAAAGCUGAAGUCAGCAGCCGCAGGAGGAGAAAGAACAGCCGACCUCAGGCCAAGGUGGCCCCUCGUGCCUAUAGUGACCACGAUAAUCGCUGGGAGACAAAAGAGGAAGCUGUGUCCUCAGCCCCAGAGUCCUCUCAGUCCAUAUCCUUGGAGGAGACACCCACACAGCCUUCUGAGACCCCAGCCCCAGCUCAUCGGCCUCCUGAGGAGGAUGGUGAGGAAGAUGUGGGGGAAGAAGAGGAGGAGGGAGAAGAAGAGGAAGAUGAGGAAGAUGAAGAAUGGGAGGAUGUGAGUGAAGAUGUUACUGAGGAGGAGGAAGAGGAAGAAGAGUUUGACGAGGAGGAAGAGGGUCCUAAGGACCAGGAAGCAGCAGCUGUUGCUGAUCACCAGCCUGAAGCUGAGCCUGCUGGGAAGCCCACCUGUGAGCAGGCGGACCCCGUGCCUGCCGGGCCCCAGGAGUUGCUGUCCCCAGUCCCUGUUGAACCUCCCAGCCCCUUCUCACCCUCUGAGGACCACCAGCCUGUGUCUGACUGGGGAGGUGACCAGCCAGCCCUUGCCUCCUUGGAGAGCGGGCCCAGCUUGGCAGGAACCCUGAAGUCUGAAGAAGAAGGGCCUGAAGCAUCUCCAGGUGGGAUGUGUGAAGCUGGUGGAGAGGUGGGCCCCGAGGGCCAGGAGACGGCGGAGAUCACAGACUUCCAGAGGGUGCGUUUCUGCAAGGUGGUGGCGGCUGCUCCGCCGCCGGGGGCUGCCCGCUGACAGCGCCAGCAGACCAGGGUGCCUCGCUCUGCACUAACCUUCAGCUCCUCUGCUUCUGCUACACUCCGUCCAGGACAGGGUUAAACUUAGUGUGGGAGGAAGCAGGUUAGCAACGAGCCCGGCCCGAGGGGAGUCUUCUAAAUUCGCUGAGGACCCACUGGUACCAGUCGUACGGUACCCGUCUGGCCGAGUCAGCCCCUGUGAGGCCUGGGUGUGCAGGAACCUGCAGCUAGGGCUUGAAUUAAACGCGUGCUACCGCCAACCUUUGAACUGCGCUGCUAGCUGAUCAGGCUAGGCUGCUGUGCUCGGCGGGCUUUGAGGUGGCGGAA